AUGAGAGAAUCAAACUUCUCUUUUCCCUCACAAAACCGUGCAUCGGUUUGCAUUACCUCCGCUCUAUAUGACCGCAGAGCUCUUGACUGUACGGCCAUCUUACCUUUAAUUAACUCACUCACACAUCUCACUUAUUUGACAAGUACUUCACCUCGCAUCCGAGAGAUUCUUACCAUGGACGGUGGGUUAGAACGUUUGGUCCGUAUACUUAAAACCACUAAAGUGAACGAUAAAAGAAGUGGUUGGAAAUGGUCGAUGGCAUUUCAGUGUGUUGCUAACGUUGGUGUGCGUGGCUCUGAGGCAAUAAGAACAAGGGUAGUGGAUGCUGGUAUGAUACCAGUUAUUAUAACUGUAUUGGACAAUUUUUUAAGGGCCCUUGAUCAUGUUAGGUUGGAAAAGGAACAACAACAGUUACUUGCUGCUCAGCUGCUUACAACUCAACAUCCACCACUGAUCACGACAACGCCACCUUCUACCAUUCCCCUGGCGUCCACUUACGUUGGUACUUUAGAAAGUGGUAACGUGUCAAAUGUUAUUCAGAUGUCUGACGAAUCUGAACAACCUUUAACAUCUUAUCCCCGUUCACCUAAUUCAACAUCAACCAUUUUCGCUUCUUCCGAAUUUCAAAAUGAAACUUCUGAUAUCUCGCACGCUGGUUCAUCAAAUAUGCAAUCUGUGAUUUCAAAUUCGAAUCCAGCUACCGCUUCUACUAAUAGGUUUUUGACAACACCAUACGAUAUAAGAUCGUCCGAUGAUGCAAGGUCAGAUGUGGCGUCCUGGGGUUCGGUUGCUGAUAACGAAGAAGCAAGUCUAACAACGACUUUGACACAAUUACCGUCAACAAUAGCUGGUACAAAUGGCACAAACAAUCUGAGAACACCUAAUAAUAAUUCGUCUCCCGCCACAAAUUCAUUGUUAGAGAUUGACGUUCUCUAUCGUGAAGAAGACAUUCUUUUGUCCCUUCAACUUCUUGCUUACCUUUCGAAAUACCCCCAUUUGCGAGCUACGUUCCACAACGCUUAUCCGCCUCACAACGUAUUUUCUCUUGUAGAAAAAUUCACUCAUCGUCUACACCCUCCAGAAAUUCAGUAUUGGGCUGGUGUUAUCAUGCGCAAUGCUUGUCGCAAGGAUGAGGAUCGUGGCGGUAUCCGCCAAUGCGCCUAUAUGGCUUGCGGAAAAUGGGAAAGUUACCCUAGAGAAUUUGCGAAAUGCCGGAGGUGUCGUAAGGCUAAAUACUGCUCCAAGACUUGCCAAUCAAAAGCUUGGAGUGAAGGACACCGAUGGUGGUGUAUGGAGCGACAUAGCCAUGGAGAAUCCGAUGGCACGACACCCAAUGCACCCGAUGGUCAGGCUGCUUCCACUGCUGGCACGUCUUCAGGGUUAAAUGGACACCGUUCUCGAACAAACUUUGUACAUUCCACAGAUAGUCUAGCUCGUUCAGCGAACCGUGAAACGACGCCGUCGACCGUGACAACUGGAACGACAUCUCACGGUCGUGGCUCGGGGUCUGGAUCUGUUUUGGUAUCAUAA